UGGGGACUUUCAAAGAGUAGUAACUUGGACGUCUCUGUCUCUAUUUCAUUGCUUGCCUUGUUCCCGGAUCCACCAGGAUGACUUUGCCCACCUCAGUACUGAAACUAUGCCAAGCUUGCUGCUGAGGUGGAAACAAACAGAAUUGAUCCUUGCUACUGAAGGAGGAGACUCAGCCGGACCGAGGCUUGCAGUUGGCCCCACUUGAUUCCGACUCACCUCCCUAGGUGCUUCUGCCCACUUCCUUUAACCAGAGGCUCAGCAGAAACCCAGAGACCGUGUGCUAGAGAAGUACACGGGGCUGGGCGUGGGAACAGCAGCCGCGCGCCUGGCACGGUGCGCGGAGCCAGGCUUGUCAGCCCCAGCGCGUCACUGUCGCCGCAAGAGACGCUGCGCUGCCCAAUAGGCAGAGGCCCCCCGCUAGUACCGGGUGGGAGCAGAGAUAUAAAAGUGCGGAAAGAAACCCAUAGCGCGAGGACGGACGCAGGACUCCUCGGUCCCGGACCCUACGGCGCGACAGCCGGCGCGCCCUGCUCCCCGCGCCCGACCGAGCGCGCACCGAGACCGGUGGGGACAUCUGGACAGCACGCUGCGGGGAUCCGGGCUCCGGGCUGUGGCGCGAUGUUCCCUUCCUGCUUGCUGCUCUUCCUCCUCCACUCGGUGCGAGCCGCCGAGCGCCCCGAGAGCCAGGCCCACGAGCAGAGCCUGGAGGCUGCCCUGGCGACCCCCAACGCCUCGCGCUUCUUCUCCUGGAACAACUACACCUUCUCCGACUGGCAGAACUUCGUGGGCCGGAGGCGCUACGGGGCGGAGUCCCAGAAGCCCACCGUGAAAGCUCUGCUCGUCGUAGCUUACUCCUUCAUCAUCAUCUUCUCGCUCUUCGGCAACGUCCUGGUCUGUCAUGUCAUCUUCAAGAACCAGCGAAUGCACUCGGCCACCAGCCUCUUCAUCGUCAACCUGGCGGUGGCCGACAUCAUGAUCACACUGCUCAACACCCCCUUCACUUUGGUCCGUUUUGUGAACAGCACAUGGGUGUUUGGGAAAGGCAUGUGCCAUGUUAGCCGCUUCGCCCAAUACUGCUCCCUGCAUGUCUCAGCCCUCACGCUGACCGCCAUUGCUGUGGAUCGCCACCAGGUCAUUAUGCAUCCAUUAAAGCCCCGGAUCUCAGUCACAAAGGGUAUCGUCUACAUUGCUGUGAUUUGGAUCAUGGCUACGUUCUUUUCACUCCCUCAUGCUAUCUGCCAGAAAUUGUUUACCUUCAAGUACAGUGAGGACGUCGUGCGUUCCUUGUGCCUACCAGACUUCCCCGAGCCAGCUGACCUCUUUUGGAAGUACUUGGACUUGGCCACCUUCAUCCUGCUUUAUAUCCUCCCUCUCCUCAUCAUCUCUGUGGCCUAUGCCCGUGUGGCCAAGAAGCUGUGGCUGUGCAACACGAUUGGAGAUGUGACCACCGAGCAGUACCUUGCCCUGCGGCGCAAGAAGAAGAAGACCAUCAAGAUGCUGAUGCUGGUGGUGGUCCUCUUUGCCCUCUGCUGGUUCCCUCUCAACUGCUAUGUCCUCCUCCUGUCCAGCAAGGUCAUCCACACUAACAACGCCCUCUAUUUUGCCUUCCACUGGUUUGCUAUGAGUAGCACCUGCUACAACCCUUUUAUCUACUGCUGGCUGAAUGAGAAUUUCAGGGUUGAGCUGAAGGCAUUACUGAGCAUGUGCCAAAGGCCACUCAAGCCUCAGGAGGACAGGCCACCCUCCCCAGUCCCUACUUUCAGAGUGGCUUGGACAGAAAAAAGCAAUGGUCAGAGGGCUCUGCCAGCCAAUAACCUCUUGCCUUCCCCUCAACUCCACUCUGGGAAGAUGGAUCUAUUAUCUGUGGAGCCCUUUGUGGCAGUGAGUUAGAGGAGGUUGGGAAGGGGCAGCAGGAGGGAUCUAUCUCUAGCUGAGACUGGAAAAUAACCUGUCCUCUAACACAGGACCUGUACAAUGCUGUAAACAAGCUCCUGCAGAAGCAGUAGGACUCUCGAUUUCCUGGGAAAAUUCCCAGCCUCCCAGCUCCAUUUGAUGUGAAAACUAAAACACAGCUAUCAACGAGACAUCUGUUUAUAAAUUCCUACUUGGGAGAUGCUGUGAGCUGUCACACCCUGUAUCCUUGAGCAAGAGAACCAAGGGCAACCCCCACUCCAAUGGGGGUAGAAUCAGUCAGCUGCUGGGCAGCUGUCUUCAACCCUUCCUUCUGCCUACUGAGCAUUCACAGAGGAAACUUGAGUCAUGCUUUGAGUGUGGCUGACCCAAAAGCACCGCGCUCUGCUGAAAACAAGUUCACUGGUCAUUGAGAUGUUAGCAAGCCAGAGUGGACACAGAGGUUUUUCUACCUUGCCUUCCAGAGUCCUUGGAACUAAGAUGAGUCAUUAGUCUAACAGUCUGGCCCUACACAAAACAUGAAAGAACCAUUUAGUCUCCUUACACUAUUAUUACCUAUUGUUAGCACUUUGAAACAUGCAGAAAAACAAAAAGAACAGAAUUAAAAUUGCCCCCUUAUCUCAUUGAUUUGUGAUAACUUCCGUUAACAUGCUUUGGAUUUCUUUGCAGCUUUUUCCUUUGUGUGUGUGUGUGUGUGUGUGUGUGUGUGUGUGUGUGUGCACUUUUUAAAAAAAAGUUGUAAGCCACACUUUACUGUUAAAUUGUAAUUAUCAGCAAGAAACAGAGGUGUAGCUGAGUACUUCUGAACCUUUCUCCAAGGAACAGUGUCCACCACAAGCAUUAAGGAAGAGGUGACAGAAGAACUUAAGAUGAAGACUGUCAUGAAGUGGACAGAAUCUGCCUGUCAGUGGUGGACAGAGCCUGGCUGAAGUCCCUGCCUUCAUUUGGAGGCCAUCUUGAUGAGCCAGGGAACAAGACUCAGCCACAGGGUAUAACUCCUUUUUUUCCUGCAAUUAUACAAAAACAAGAUGGGGUGGAACAUGAGGAGAUGAGGAAGCAGGCUUUCCAAUGUGCUGGAAAUAAUUGUGCUUAGGCACCACAUCAACCCAAGCUGUCUAGAUAGGCCACUUUUCCAUGUUGUCUGAAUAAUGAGAUUUUUUUCACACCAGUUCCUGAAAGGAGACUCACUAUCAACAUCACCUUAGCAAUUCACGUGUCACUUCCAAAAUCUAUGGAAUCCUUAAAGAAACAUUUUUUCUUCAGGGCUCACUUGCCAGAGAAAUCUCAUUCCAGAGACUGAAUGUUUUCAUCACUUUCCAUCUGGUCCUGAGUGACUCAUGGUGUCACCCAGAGAGAUAGACGUGUCAGGAAGAAAGGAGCUUAAUUCCCCAGCCUAGAGCAAUUGCUUUUGUUGUGUUGGGCUAUUUUCCUUCUGGCCCUGCAGAGAUCUGGAAAGCAAAGCAUGCAUUUGUAGCUGAGUAGGAAACUGAGGUUCGGAGGAGAUGGAGUUUGUACAGUAUUUAACUAGAUUUCUUGGCUGUUAGUUGAAACUGAACUUGGUUGCAUUGUCUUUCUCUUUAAUAAACAAUAGGAGUUCCUUACACUAGUCUGUUAGAGGCUAUUAGAAAAUUUUCAAGAUAGAAAAAAUUUUAAAUUACCUAUUGAACUGUGAAUUAAAAGAAAUUACUUUCAUGGGACAGAGAGCAUUUUCUCAGUUCAAAGGGAUUUCCCAAAUGGGAUUUUCAGGCCAAAUGGCUCAUGUGCCUAUCCUUGUUGUCUUUGUGAUGUCAAGAAGUAGCUAUUAUUUUUUUAUCUUGAUGCUGCCAUAGAAACUCUAUAAACCAAAAUGAGAACAGGCCAGCAGGGAUGCUGAAAACUGUCCUGUCCUGGGACUUAUAGGGAAAGGUUCUUUUUCUCUACUAUGAGGGCAUCUACAAAUACUGCCAACUCACAGUGGAAACCCUCAGGUCUGGGCCUCCGGCUGGUACCUGUCUGCUGCCUUUCCCAUGUUCCCUAUGUAACUCAGAGCAAAAAUGACUUGUAAUUGUGAAUGUGAAAUCUGUAAAUCUUAAGUUUUUCCAAUGUGCUGCAAAGAAUGCAUUGUUGUCAAUUGUUCUAGUCACAAUAAAAGAUCCUUUGGAUGUAC